AUGAAGCUGACCGUGAAGACGCUGAAGGGGAGCCACUUCGAAGUCCGAGUUCACCCCAGCAAUUCUGUGAGGCCGUCGCUCGUCGUCGUUCUCGUUCUGUUCAAUUGGUUCUCCUGUUCAUGUCGGUGUUGCAAUUGUGGUGUUAGAUAUGGAAUUGCGUAGAGAUGUACAUAGUUCUGAUGUUUUUGCCUUGUUCAUUUCUGUAAAUGUGAUUUUGAUCCGCGGAAGUAUGGCAGGAGAGAAUCCCGAUAGUUUAUUUAGGCGGAGAAUGUGGCAUGUGGUGACGGGCAAUGCAUUUAAUUAUAGAGAUCUCAGCGUCAUCUUUAUUUUUUUCUUCCCGCAUAAUUCUAACGGUACCAGGGAUCAUCAUGCUUUCUCAAAGAAUUUUUUUUCUGUUGUGUGAUGUCUCUGAUAAAAUAUAUCCGAUUUAUCAUGACUUUGGUGUCUUUGACGCUGGUUUAUUCCCCUCUUGUCUCUCUGAGGACUGCCGAAGAGGGAAGACCCGAGUCCUUUCCUGGUUUAUUAUUCGCCCCUUAUCAUGGUAGAAUAAAAAUUUUCACCCAUCAUUAUCGUGGCCGAUUCUGUCUCUCCUUGCCUUUCAACUUGGAUAGAGAAGACACCUAUUUGAGAAGACCCCCAAACUAAGGCCAACAUUGUUCGGAUGUUUUUUUAAACCACGAUUCGUAGCUUUUUUUUCUAUAAAAUCAGCUCUGGAACUUAAUGACUACAAUGUUUCCAAAAUAUCUAAAUCUCAUAUAUGUUUCCAAAAUAUCUAAAUCUCAUAUAUGUUUCCAAAUUAUCUAAUAUGUGAAUGUUUCCGCUAUUCAUUUCUUUCUUUUCUAUAUAAUCGGCUCUGCAACUUAACGAUUAUAAUGUUCCAAGAAUAUCUAGAUCUCAUCUGCGGGUAUACAAAGUGCACAUAGUAAAAAAUAUGUUUAUAUCGAAAUACCGUAAAAACAUUCCUGCGCAAAGAUCAUGGCAAGUACCUGCCCCUGUGAUCCCGAUAGGAACACAAUCAUCAUGAGUUUAUCAUCUCUCUGUGAGGCUAUCACUGGUACAACUUUCUUUUCUUUUUUUUUAGUCUCCCUCGCCUAGAUUUCACAGAACAUAAGUUAAUCUAGUUUCCAUGUUUUCCGCUGGGUAAAUCAUCAAAAAAUGUUCAAUAUGGCUGUCCAAAGCGGCCCUUUUUUUGAUCUUUAAUUAUAUGUUAUGCAUCCAUACGAAGUGAUCUAGAAUCGUCUGCUGAAUCCUCUUCUCUCAUUGGAGAUUUAAUUGGAGAUAAAUCCAUUGCAUAAUCCCAUCUCAUUAGAGAAAUACAAGUGGUUCCUUUGUACGCUCUAUUUUCCUGCAUUCAAUGUCAGAGUUUUCUCAUAACAUCUGCGGUUUAUUUUUUCAAAAUACGGUAAUUUAACCUUCUUUUUGUCAGAUUAUGGCUGUGAAGAAAAGUAUCGAGGAGGUGCAAGGAAAAGACAGUUAUCCAUGGGGUCAACAGUUGCUGAUCCACAAUGGCAAGGUUUUGAAAGAUGAAAGUACUUUGGAGGAGAAUAAUGUCAGAGAAGAUAGUUUUCUCGUUGUUAUGCUCAGCAAGGUGGUCCACCGUCCUCUCUCUUGUGAUGCACCCUUUCUCUCAUCUACUGCUUCCUCAAAUGUUUUGUAAUGUUCUUUGCAUCAAAAUUUGUUGCCUUCUGCGGUAAGUCUGUUUUGAUUUCCGUGUCGUCACAGUGGAAUACAUUUUCUCCUCUUAAGCUUGGCUUACACUUUUUCUCAGCGUUUUCCCGUGCAUUCCAUAAUGAAUAUUAUCGUGCCUUUUUCUUUCCAGAGCAAAACCUCAGGUACGGCUGGAGUCUCCUCUUCCCAGGUAUUUUUCUGCUCUCAUCUGGAGCUUAUUUGUAAUCACUAUGGUGUCUGGCUGCGGUUAUUUUUGUGUGUUCAAACCCUUAACGCUCUAAUCAUUUGUGAUGAACAGAGUAGCACGAUCGCCCCAGCCUCUCGAGCAACCCCAGCUGAGGCACCAUCACAAGACCCGUGAGUUGCCCUUAGUCUAAUUCUAAUUUUUACAUCGAAAUUAAAGGGAUUGUUUCCCAACUAUGACCGAGUCAAUUAUUUUUGUAUAGGGUUGUCGUGGGCUCAUCUUGUGCUUCUGAGGGUGCAUCUACUGAGAAUUUAAUGAUAAUUUAGAUUGUGUUUACGAUCAAGUAGAUGUAAAAAAAAGGACUAUUUUCACUUGUAUUUCAAAGUGAGCAAUUUUUUGCUGUUACCUUGAGCAUAGAGUUUGGUUAUUUAUGUUUACUUUUAAUAUUUUCGUGUUUCUUGAAAUAUACCUGCCCUUCUUACUGUUGAAAUUUCUGAUGAUGAUUGUGGUGGUUCAAUCUACCUUAUGCAGAAGAUUUCGAAUCCAUAGCUGAACUGUGUCUGGAAUAGAAUACUUUUUAGAAAUAGAUAAUAGGAUCUGAAAACACAAAUAUUACAAGUUAUACAUGGAUGGCAGGGUACCAGCUAUUGACUAUAGUCAAGCCGCAUCCAAUUUAGUUGCUGGCAGCAAUCUUGAGCAGACAGCUCAGCAAUUGGUGGACAUGGGGGGUGGUAAUUGGGACAGAGAGACAGUCCUUCAGGCACUUCGUGCGGCCUAUAAUAAUCCAGAACGCGCUGUAGAAUAUUUAUAUUCUGUAAGCUUUAAUUCCAUCACAAAUACGAUGCAUUCAUAGGUAAGCAUUGCGUUCAUGUAUUAAGUAUUUCCAUCUACCAUUAAAAUACUAGGGUGUCCCUCCAUCGGCUGAAGUGGCUGUCCCAGUUGCUCGUAUUCCUUCAAAUCAGGCAUCGACUCUGGCUGCACCCAAUACAGGAGCAGCAGUAGGUCCAGCAACUGGACUGCCCAACUCUUCUCCAUUGAAUAUGUUCCCACAGGUAACUCUUCAUCCUUUUGUGUUUGGAAGGAAGACACUGGAUUAGCACCAUGCAGCUAUCCCGGCACCCAGCUGGCCCCUUGGGGACUGCCACUGGGCGAAGGGCUGCCAGGGCCUGGCCCCUAUUUCACGAGGACCAGGCUCGGGCUGCCCAUCCAUUUGAAACCCCAACAACUUCCUUGGUCCGUGAUAGACUUUAUGCUGAAUUAUUUUUGAACAGGGGACUCCAAGCUCGGCUGGAGGUAUUGGUAGUGGAGUACUUGAUUUUCUCAGAAAUAAUGAACAGGUUUGUAAUUGCUCUCUCUCAUCAUCUGCAUAUAGUGAAAAUAUCUCCUUUAUAUGCUUCAAGUUUGAAACCAAUUGGCCUAUGCUUUAUUAAUAAUGGAAAUAAUUAUGUAGUUCAUUUUUUAGUGUUACCCCGUUUUUCCCUUUUCUUGAGAUAUUCUCUGUUCUCGUUGUGAACACUUGCUCUCCAUAACGUGAGAAAAUAGCACCUGAUGAUUGACCCAAAGCUUGUAGCCUAUGAUUAGAGAGAUUUACCUAAAGCUUGUGGCCCUAUAAUUAGAGAGAUUUAGAGUUCUAAAGCAUUGUGGCUAGAACUUAAGAUGUGGCACGACUAACGAAACCAGUGCUGGUAUCCUGUGCCUUGAUUCUUCCCCAUUGGAGAGGUAUUCAUGAGUUACCCUUUGUAACUGAUUAAAUAUCACCAUGCAGUCUGAUGCAUCAUCUGACCUUGCACAUCUUUAGAUCUUUUUUCAAUUUAAUUUUUUUUAAAAAAAAAUGAGUUGAAAUUCUCUUGUAUGUUGUAGUUCCAAACUCUACGGUCAAUGGUCCAAUCAAAUCCACAAAUUUUACAGGUCUGUUCAUUGCAUUCUUCUGAGAUAUUUUGAAGGUGAUCCGUACUAGCAUGCUCCUCUAUCUUACGUUAUCACUUGGAAUGCCGUUUGUACUGUAGCCAGUUCUUCAGGAGCUGAGCAAGCAGAAUCCCCAGCUUCUGAGAUUAAUUCAGGAGCACCAUGCAGAGUUUCUUCAACUAAUAAGUGAGCCGUCUGAAGAUGGUGCUGAAGAGUGAGCUUCCACUUUAGACUUGUCUGGGCUUUGAAUGACGAAUUAAUAUUUACGUUUUAGCAUAGCUAUUAAUUAUGAUAUCAUCUCUAUUUGUGUUAAUUCUGAAAAUCAUUAAAACCCCCUGCUUUUGAAUUCAUAAAACCCAACCCUUGACACUUAAAAACGGGUCAAGCUCGAGAAUCAAACGACUUUGAUGCAUCAUUUUAUGCCGAUUUUAUCCGUCCAAAUUCGAAUUUAGAUCUUUUCAGAUGCCCUCAGUCCAAGGAAGAUAUUCAUUUUUUAAUUUUAAAAAGCCUUUUUUGCUUUUCUUUUAUAUUAGGGAUGUAUUUGAGCAACCUGAACAGGAGACCAUCAGUGUUACUCCUGCAGAGCAAGAGGCUAUUGGACGCGUAUGCCGGUUUCUGUUGUGCUAUGUGCUUCUGCUUGUGACAUCCGCUUGUCCUCUCUGAUGAGUUCUUCUUUUUUUGUUUUUUUUUUUUUUUGGUUUAUUUCUAAAUCAGCUUGAAGCGAUGGGGUUCGAUAGAGCUCUGGUCGUAGAGGCGUUCUUGGCUUGCGAUAGGAACGAGGAAUUGGCUGCAAACUACUUGUUGGAGCAUGCUGUUGACGACGAUUGA